UUCUUUACUCUAUCUCUUUUACUCUUGAUUUACUCUCUCUCUCUCUCUCCCUCUCUCUCUUGUUCUUGAGCAUUAUCACUCUUGUUCUUCAUUUUCUAACAAACUUCGCCAUGCCUUCAGAUAAAAAGUGGAACAUUGUUUGGGACAACAUCUCUAAUCUUCUUCAUCUAUGAAGAUAUAUUUUUUUUUUUGUAAGAAAGUAGACAACACAUAAGAGUACUCCUAGUUAUAUCAUUAUGGUUGUGUUUGUAGUACUAGAUUCCUUGUCAAAUUUGAGAUUAUAACGAUCAGAUAACCAUGUAAGAUCCUAGCGCCAGUACCACGUCCUCUUGACAGUGGCUACAACAAACCUCAGUUUUAGAAUUGAUUUUGAUGAGUCAAGGACAUUGUAAUUAAGAUAGUAAUUAAUUAUAAGCUAUAUAAUCAAGUAUUUUAGUUAACUGGAAAAAAUAUAUUAAAUAUGAAGUCUAGGGAUCACACGAUCAGGUGAUGCUUAUAAUGAAACUACUAUUGGAUACUUGAUGUGAUUUAAGAUCUAUAGGAAUUACAUAUGGUUUCAGUGCACAAUCUUUUGGUAUUAUUAUUAUUAUUAUUAUUAUUAUUAUUAUUUUUUGAUAAUUCAGGUAUCCGGACAUCUCACUUAGUCCGACUAUCCCACCGCAUCCAAUCGGAACUGGCGAAGAAGAUUCUGGAGGCCAAACGGAAACCAUGUUAAAUCCGCUGUAGUCGGGGUUCGAAUUCGUGAUGGCGGGCACCUCAGCCGAGGUUCCUUUACCACCAGAUUGCAAGGCCCGGUUUAUUAUUAUUUUUUUUUGUUAAAGGAUUUCGAUCUUUUGGUAAUUAAGAAAUGAGUAUCCAGCAAAUAAAAUGUAUAAACCAUUUGAUCUUUACAAUGUCAAAAUUUUGGUUUGAUUAAUGGGAUCUGUUAUUGAACAUCCCUUUUGGCUUUACCAAAGACGAACAUUCCGUUUUGGUCUUUGUAAAUAUAUUUCUUUUGGAAACAGCUUUGGUCUUUCUAUAUAAGACCGUAAGAAGUCUUCGAAUUAUAUUAUUUAUCAUCAAUCAUGCAUUAAUUAAUUUAAUUUUUUUUUUUAAAUCUAUCUCCAGGCUCUUAUUUAGUCGUGUCUUUGAGUUGCCAAAAUAUCAAAAGUUUGAGAAAAAAAUGAGUCGUCUUGAAGCUGAAGGAAGAGCCCCAAGUUGCUGGUGGCGCUUCGGCUUUUGGUUAACCAUCUUAGCUGGACUUAUCAUUCUCAUAGUUUGGAUAAAUCUACGUCCAACGGGUUCAGACAUUCCAAAAUGCUCAAUCGAAUACUUUUACGUUCCAGCCCUCAACAAAACCCUAAACUCACGACUCAACACCACUCUCAACUUCAUGGUUCGUCUAGCUAAUCCAAACAGUGAACAAGGAAUCUACUAUGACGACGUCCACCUUUCCUUCUCCAGCGUCACCUAUGUAUUCAUCGCUAACUACACGGUGCCAAGAUUCUACCAGGGACGCAAGAAGAAAGCCAAGAAGUGGGGUCAGGUUGUGCCUCUGAACAACCAGACAGUUUUAGAAGCGGUUUUGCCUAAUGGAUUGGCGAGUUUUCGGAUAAACCUGAAGACACAAGUGAGGUACAAGAACUCGUUUUGGAAAACUAGGAGGUUUGGGGUCGACGUUGGUGCUGAAGUUGGAGUCAACGGGGAUGGAGUUAAAGCUAAUAAGAAAGGGAUUAGGUUGAAGAAAUCUGACUCUUCUUCAUCUUCUUCAUUAAGAAGCUAUUUUCCUGUUUGUGUUUUGACGAAUCUGCUUGUUUUCUUUGCUAUUUGUUGAACUGUUUGGUGCUUUUGAUUUUCAUUUGCUUCUUUGUUGUUGUUGUUGGUUUUAUUUACUCUUUCAUUAGCAUUGCUUUGAGUUCUUUUUCCUUGAACUUUUAUUAUUUCUUUUUUGUGUUGUUCGUCUUUUUCUUUUGUAGCUUCUCAAGUCGGCCAAGUAUUUCAUUGAAUAAUUGAUCCUAUUAUUGUUUUGUUUUAACUAUAUGUAAUAUUAGUUUCUCUAUCAACAAAAUAUAUUUGAAAAUCAAUUAAAAUUGACAAGACAAAUUUAUAUAUGGGCUUGAAAACAAGGACCAAAGAGCGAAAAUAAAAACAUAACAACAGUAAAGUAAAACUAACUAACUGGUAAAUAUGUUAGACUUUUUUUAAAUAAAUGUUAAAUUUAUUCAUCGCAAAAAACCUAUUUUACAAUCAAUGCAUCUUUGUGUGGAAACAAAUAUGAUGUUAAGAGUAUUUCAAACUAGGGUUAGGCGGUGUGGUAUCCAAUUUACUUUAUAACAUUAAGUGUGUUUUUCCUGGGUCUACUGGAUCAUCUGAUAGAGCCUAUUGAAAAAAAUACUCCCUAUGUUCUUAAAUAUAAGAUGUUUAGGUAGAAACACAUAUAUUAAAAAAACUAUUUUUUUUUCUAGAAAGUAUCAUUAAAACUAUAAAUUAAUGUUAUUCAACCAAUUACAAAAUAAAUUAUUAAAAUAUAAUUAGAUACACAGUUUUUAAUAAAAUAAAAGUUUCCUAGGAAAAUGAAAACAUCUUAUAUAUUGGAACAUCAAAAUUCUGUAAAACAUCGGUUUUGAUUGGUGACAUGAGUUAGACUUGAUUAAGUUUGAGUUAGAAGCAUAACUCAAAAAUGUUACCAAUCAUGAGGUUAUUUUAUUUUUUUGAGUUAAUGUUUGAGUUAUAAUGUAUUAUCAUUGAGUUAUAAUUUUGAGUUACUUCUUUGGAAAAAUUGAUAACUCAACUCUUAACUCAACAUCAAACAAAAUUCAAUGUAUUAGAAGUUGAGUUACUAUUUUUUUUGUAUUGUGUUAGUUAUCCUACGUUAUAUUUUAUAUUUUUUAA